AUGUUUCUCUGGAGACUAGCAGUUAAUGCCCUUCCCACCAGAGACAACCUCUCAAGGCGCUUCCAAAUAGCUGAUACGAGUUGCCUAUUUUGCAGAGAAUGUACCGAGACUCCUAUACAUUUAUUCACCAAAUGCAAUGCCUCCAGAGCAUUAUGGUUCUUUGCUUGUUGGGGAUUCAAGCCUGAUCAGAUCACACUUCCAAACACCGAAGACAUCAUUAAACUCGUCCUUCAGCCACCAAAGCUCUGUAACUGUGCCUCGGAUCAAGAGAUGGUCUCACUCAACUUGGCCUUAAUUCUUGAAGAGAUCUGGCAAUCUAGAAACAGGGUGCUACACCACAACAUUAGAUGGGAUAUUCUUGGGUCCAUCCGGAUUAUCCAAACCAGGUUCCAGGUGUGUUCAUCAUCCCUCAUCUCGCCCACCAACCGCCAGCACUGGACUCCCCCUCCAUUGGGAUGGAUCAAGAUCAAUGUAGAUGCUGCUAUCUCAUCCAACCUUGCCUCCAUUGCUGUUUUCGCUAGAAACCACUUGGGCGCCCCCAUCAAAACUUGGGCGAGAACCAUCAGAAAUUCCACCCCUCUCCAAGUCGAAACCAAAGCACUUCUAUGA